AUGAUAAAUUUCACACACUUGUAUGGAUCUGCUACAAAAGUUCCAAUGUUGAUUCCUAAGUACUACGAUCAAUCGGCAGAUUGUAUGGAAGACUAUCUCAACGGGGUUGAUAAAGUUAUUUGGCGAUGCAUCGAAACUGGACCUUUUCGUGUUGGCCUUGUUCAAGCUGUUCGAAAUGUUGGUACUGCAGAAGACAUAAUCACUCAAACCAACAAUAAGAAGGAGAAUGACAAAAGAUGUCUAUGUGAACUGCGAGGAGCACUUCCAUCAGUGGUUUACAACUAUGUUCAAGGUUGUAAGACAUUAAAUGAUAUUUAG